UACUGAGGGUGGAGCAGGCCAAUGUUACGCUGUUUACAAUGUUGCUGCGGGAGGAGUAUGAUAAUGCCACUGCCAUGACAAGGACUUUGGAGGCUAACCUUACAGAAACUGAAAGGAUGUUAAUUGAGCAGAAAAACAGAAAUGAUAAUCUCACCAAGGAAAUCACCGAGCUGAAAGGAGUGAGGAAGUGUGCUGAUGACUGGAAGUACUUCAAAGGAACAUUUUACCACUUCUCCACUGAUGAGAAGAACUGGACUGAGAGCAGAGAUGCCUGUGUGACUUUGGGAGGACACCUGGUCAUCAUAAACAGUCAACAAGAAAUGGUAUGA